UCCAUAUGGAAACAAUAGCAUUGAUAUUUUUGGAAUUUACAAAAAACAUGCUCUUUUAGUUCAAUGCAAGAAAUCUACUGCAAAGGUUGGAAAAAGUGAUAUAAGAAUAUUCGAAGGAGUCCUUUCAAGAUAUAAUAAGAAUGAAACACUUGGAGUUUUAGUUGUGUCUGGAAGAAAUGAUUAUACUACUCCAGCGUUGUUAUAUGCAAAGGAUUCACCACAUAAAUUGCUGUUGACUAAUAUUGAUUACUUGCAACAUGACCUUUCAAAUUAUUCUCUUGAAAGACCUAUCGACAACAUUCUUCUAAAAAUAAAACAAAAAAAAAGAGAAGAUGAAUUAUAUAUGAGGAUUUCUGAAUUAAAAAAAGAAGCAAAAAUGUCACCAGACGGAGACAGUGGUAUGGAUAUCUUUGGAAGUUAUAAAAAACAUUCUCUUUUAGUUCUAUGUAAGGACUAUGUUGGAAUAAAUGAAAUUAAAGAAUUCGAAGGAACGCUAUCAAGGUAUAAUAGGAGUGAAGUCUUUGGAGUAUUUGUUGUAUCAAGAAAGGAUGGUUAUACCAAUGCAGCAUUAUUAUACGCGAAGAGUUCACCUUAUAAAUUGCUUCUUACCGACAUUCAUGAUUUAAAGCAUGACCUUGAAAAUUAUCCUCUCGAGAAACCUAUUAGUGAUAUUUCACAGUUACUUCAAAAUCAAAAUAGAAAAAAUAAAAAGAUGAUAAAUAG